AUGUUACCUCACGAUCAAUUACCAGAUUCAGUCCUCAAUCUACUCAAAUCAAGUAGAUUUAUCCACUUAGCCACUUGUUUAAAUAACAAACCCCAUGUCUCCUUAAUGAACUAUACAUUCUUCCGUAAGGGACAAGAAGACAUCAUCAUCAUCACCACCCCCAAGAGAACAACCAAAUAUCAAAACAUGGAAUCAAACCCCAACGUUUCCAUCCUCAUCCAUGAUUGGAUUUCAGUCAAAGGUACAAAAGCCCCCAAUGAUCAAGAAAAUGUUCCAGAAAGACGGAAUUCACUUUUUGAAUUACUUGCAAAUUUCAAUAAGAGUGAAAUUAGUCGAGUUUCGGUGAUGUUGGAUGGGAAAGCAAGUAUAAUUGAUCGAGAAGCAAAUGCUGAUGAUUUUAAUUUUUAUAAAUCUUUACAUUUGAAUAAUCCCAUGAUUGAUCAGAAUCAAGCUAAGAAUUAUAUUGAAUGUGCUGAUAAUGCUUUGAUUUUAAUAAAGAUUGAAGGAUGUAAGGUUACGGAUACAGAUAAUAAUGUUGAAGAAUAUUAG